AUCACCUGGUCGGCACAUUGAGGAGUUAUCCCCCGUGUUACAAUGCUGCUGAGUUACCUUUGCCUCAUCUUAUCUUGGAAUUACAUCCUUGUGGAGGGUUUUGCAUCCAAUCUCUUUCCACAGUCGUGUGGCAAUUUGGAUCCUACAUCAGGAAAUGGAUUCAAUUUACACACUGCUCCAGGGCAGACCACCCCUUCACCGUUCACGGUCAGUGUCUCCCAAACCACCUACGAGCCAGGACAAACCAUAACUGUGACCCUAGAGGGAACUGGACAAUUCAUUGGCUUUUUACUUGAAGCCCAUGAAGAAGGAGAGAAUGUUGCUGUGGGACGUUUUAUCUUGACCAGUGGAGACGCAACGCUCAUGACAUGUAACAAUAAGCAGGACAGUGCUGUGAGGCAAUCUAAUAAUCAAGGCAAGACCAGUGUGAGUGUAAUCUGGACAGCAAGUUCUGCAGAAUCCCCGGGCAACAUUGUUUUCAAAACAACAUUUAUGACUCGUAUUGAUACAUACUGGAUUGCAGUGCCGAGCACUGUAGUGAGGAGAACAGCUGCAACACUCACGACCACAACACCGUCUCCAACCACCUCUGCAGCUCUCACGACCACAACACCGUCUCCAACCACCGCCGCAGCUCUCACGACCACAACAGCGUCUCCAACCACCGCUUCAGCUCUCACGACCACAACACCGUCUCCAACCACCGCUUCAGCUCUCACGACCACAGCACCGUCUCCAACCACCGCUUCAGCUCUCACGACCACAACAGCGUCUCCAAUCAUCGCUUCAGCUCUCACGACCACAACAGCGUCUCCAAUCAUCGCUUCAGCUCUCACAACCACAACACCGUCUCCAACCACCGCUUCAGCUCUCACGACCACAACAGCGUCUCCAAUCAUCGCUUCAGCUCUCACGACCACAACAGCGUCUCCAAUCAUCGCUUCAGCUCUCAUGACUACAACACCGUCUCCGACCACCACCGCAGCUUUAACGACCACAACACCGUCUCCGACCACCUCUGCAGCUCUCACGACCACAACACCGUCUCCGACCACCGCUGCAGCUCUCACAACAACAACACCGUCUCCGACUACCGCUGAAACACUCAUGACUACAACACCGUCUCCGACUACCACCACAGCUUUAACGACCACAACACCGUCUCCGACCACCGCCGCAGCUCUCACGACUACAACACCGUCUCCGACCACCGCUGACACACUCACGACUACAACACCGUCUCUGACCACCUCUGCAGUUUUCAAUGAACUAAUUGCUUGUAUAGCAAUUUUUGCAUCCUCUUCCUCUCCACAGUCGUGUGGCAAUUUGGAUCCUACAUCAGGUCCACCAAAUGGAUCCAGUUUUUACGCUGCUCCAUGGCAGACCACCCCUUCACCGUUCAACAUCAGUUUCUCCCAAACCACCUACGAGCCAGGACAAAACAUAACUGUGACCCUAGAGGGAACUGGACAAUUAAUUGGGUUUUUACUUGGAGCCCAUGAAGAAGGAGAGAAUGUUCCUGAGGGACGUUUUGUCUUGACCAGUGGAGAAGCAGAACUCCUGACAUGUAACAAUAAGCAGGACAGUGCUGUGAGGCAAUCUAAUAAUCAAGGCAAGACCAGUGUGAGUGUAAUCUGGACAGCAAGUUCUGCAGAAUCCCUGGGCAACAUUGUUUUCAAAGCAACAUUUAUGACUCGUAUUGAUACAUACUGGAUUGCAGUGCCGAGCACUGUAGUGAGGAGAACAGCUGCAGCUCUCACGACGACAACACCAUCUCCAACCACCACUUCAGCUCUCAUGACCACAGCACCGUCUCCGAACACCGCCGCAACACUCACGACCACAGCACCCUCUCACGACCACAGCACCGUCUCCGACCACCGCUUCAGCUCUCACGACCACAGCACCGUCUCCGAACACCGCUGCAGUUAUCAAUGA